AUGGCCGACCGCCUAACCCAGCUCCAAGACUGCCUCGAUCAAUUCGCCAAACAAAUGUUCGCCAGCCUCAUGUACACCCUUCACCACGGCGCCCCUCUUCCCAUCCCCGGGCAGCCAAACCAAUACGAGCACUUCCUCCCUGUCACCAACGGUCCCGCCAACGGCAUGACCGCCCACGAUACCCCCAACGCGAACGCCGAACAGCAGCAAGCAGCAGCCGCAGCGAACCCCCCAGCCAACGCCGACAACCCAGCACGCUCCGGCUCCCCCGUCCCCGACCCCCCCGCCGUCUUUGCAAGCACCCUCCGCGAACUAGCCCGCGACCUCAUUGUUAAGGAGCAGCAGAUCGAGGCGCUGAUAUCGAGUCUUCCGGGUAUCGGGACCAGCGAGAAGGAGCAGGUCGAGCGGAUUGUGGAGCUGGAGCGGCAGCUGCGGGAGGUGGAGGAGGAGCGGAAGGAGGCGGUACGGGAGAAGCGGGAGAUUUUGAGAAGGCUGGACAGCGCGAUUGUGGGGGUGAAGAUUCCGUGA